AUGUCGAAAAAGAAAAAGGAUUUUCAAAAAGUCAAAGUUAAAGUUGGCAGAAAGUUAAAGAGUCAAAAUGAGACAGUGAUUAAUUUGAGUAAAAAAAGAAUAAUCCUACCUAAAGAACGAGAAUUUAAAAAGUCAGAAGGCGACAAAACAGAUAACCAGACAUUUGACAAUUGCAUUCAUUCACUAAACAUUGAAGAUAGUGCUCUUCAGCACUCAUCUUUGCGUACUCUCAAUCGCCUAUUGGAUCCUUUGACAAAGCAGUUAAACGCACUCCCAUUUUUGGAUAGGAAUGUUCUUACUGUAUCUAGUAAUUUUAUUGAAAAAGUGAUUGAUGGACAUCAGAAACUAUUGGGCAUCAGUUCAGAUUUAGGCUGUAAUAUUCAACUGGGAAAUUUGAUAUUUACGCUUGGUCGAUUUUGUAAACGAGUUGACAAUCCUCGUUUUUGUGGUGAGAUUCGUCAGUUAUUUAUUAAAAUUGUUCAGAUUGCAUCUACACAUCCAAAAAUAUCGGAUAUAAUAUAUGAAUUAGACCAAGUUAUUAUUUAUCUCUUACAAAGAACUGAACAUGUUUGGAAAUUUUUCGGUUGUCAACUGGCCAGUUAUGUAUUUGGCUUGCAUUGUCGAUUAGUGACAACAAUGAGCCAGUUGUAUAAUGGAUCUAAUCGAACAAAGACUGUCUAUGCAGGUGUUUUUGAUUCAGUUCAACAAUUUAUCCGUUUUCGAGCUUAUUGUAAUCUUCUAAUCCAAUGCUACAAUAAUCUAAAGCAAAAUCGUACCUUCAAGGUUCUGUCGAAAAGUCGUGCAGACCUAGUUCAGGCUAGUGUGGUUUAUCUCAAAGACAAUCAGUAUACUUCUUCAUUGAGCUACUCUCAAGGCAAUCAUCCAUGGCUAUAUUCUCUUCCGUACUUUGGGCAUCAACAAGUAUUCAGUGUUAUGUCACUUUUAAAGGUUAUUACCUCAAAGAAUUAA